AUGAUUGGUUCGUUUCGUGCAUGCUGUUCACCGAUAUUAUCGAGGACUGGCAAUUUCAUUAACAAAAGCUCAUCUUGCAAAUAUAUAUUGCCUUUGUCUAGAACACGCUUUCAACAUCUGGGUGAUAGAACAGUCAAUUUGGAGUUACUGCUGACGAAGUCUCUGUUUCGGCGCUAUUCAUCAAAAAGGUCUAGUGGAGUUGGUUCCCGCAAGCGGAAGCUUGAUAUCAAACCAGUAAUGAAGGACGAUAAGGAAGCAUUUUUUGUUGUUCGCAAAGGUGACCUCGUGGGUGUUUACAAAAGCUUAAGCGAUUGUCAAGCUCAAGUUGGAACCUCGAUAUGUGACCCCCCAGUCAGUGUGUACAAAGGUCAAGCCAUGCCAAAGGACACAGAGAAGUAUCUCAUGUCUUGUGGACUCAAGAAUGCACUUUAUUCCAUCAGAGCUUCUGAACUUACUGAACAUUUUUUUGGCCCUCUUGUACCUUGCCAUUUCCAGCCUUCUUCUAGAGGGGAAACAUCUGCCGAGCCAAUAACCAAGAAGAGGCCGCAGGAAGCUUUGUGGUCAGACUAUGGGGAGGCAGCUGAACCUACGUUGUCUUCAAAUGAUGCUUUACCAAAGCAUUUCAAAUUAGAACCUCAUAGAGGAGUUGACCAGAAUCAACCAGUUUGUCGGUCCUGUACUAUCGAGUUUGAUGGUGCUUCAAAAGGAAACCCAGGACAAGCUGGGGCAGGUGCUGUACUAAGAUCCGAUGACGGAAAUUAUAUUUGUAGAUUGCGGGAAGGCUUAGGCAUUGCCACAAACAAUUUUGCAGAAUACCGUGGGUUUAUACUAGGGUUGAAAUAUGCACUUCGGGAAGGGUUCUCGAGCGUUCGAGUUCGAGGUGAUUCCAAACUCGUUUGCAUGCAGAUUCAGGGAUUAUGGAGGGUUAAAAACCAAAAUAUCUCAAGCUUGUACGAGGAGGCAAGGAAAUUGAAGGAUAUGUUUGGUUCUUUUCAAAUUAUUCAUGUUCUAAGGGACCUGAAUUCAGAGGCUGAUGCCCUUGCUAACUUGGCCGUGGAGCUCGCGGAGGGACAAGUUCAAGAGCAGAUUGAUAAAUAG